AUGUCUAAAUACGUAGUAACACUGUUUACACCUAUUGCCAUUGGUGUUGGUAUCACAUGGUUGUUGAUGAGAGAUGAGAACAAGGAUAUAAGUGACUUUAAGAAGGAACAGGGAUCAACUUAUCGCAAGUUCCACGAGAACAAUGAACAGAUAUUCAAGUAUAUUCAAGAAUCAACAAAGAGCGACAAGAUUGUACACUUUGCAAAGGAUGACGAGAUUGCUAAACAGGUGCCUGUGAAGCCUGUAACUGCUCAGACUUCAAAGCCACCAGCAACAGCACCAACAACGACUAAACCUCAAGAUAAGAAGCAAUAA